GCAAAACGCACCCCUGUCUCCCCUCGAAAAAAUAAUCAAUAACACAACCCAGAGCAGGCGCGCUUUUGAAUUUUCUGAUCCUGCACUGCGCAUUGACCAUCUGAUUCAGGUGCCCUAGGCUGCUACUGCCCUUUGCACGUAAUCAGCCAGCCCCCAGAACCCGCAUUCUCAACUUAUUUAUACCGGUCCCCCACCCCUCCUCCAAUCCAUCUUCCUUUCAACACUUCCAACCCACAACAAUCAUCUCUUCCGCCUCACCUUCAAUCAAAACAACCAUCAACCCAACCACUUUCAUCAACUUUUCCAUCAUCAAUCGACACAUUACCAUCAACUACAAUGGCCCGCACUAAGCAGACCGCCCGUAAGUCCACUGGUGGCAAGGCUCCCCGUAAGCAGCUUGCUUCCAAGGCUGCUCGCAAGAGCGCACCCUCCACCGGAGGUGUCAAGAAGCCUCACCGCUACAAGCCUGGUACCGUCGCUCUCCGUGAGAUUCGUCGCUACCAGAAGUCGACUGAGCUGCUCAUCCGCAAGCUCCCCUUCCAACGUCUGGUUCGUGAAAUCGCCCAGGACUUCAAGUCCGACUUGCGUUUCCAGUCCUCCGCCAUCGGUGCUCUUCAGGAGUCCGUCGAGUCUUACCUCGUCUCGCUCUUUGAGGACACCAACCUCUGCGCCAUCCACGCCAAGCGUGUCACCAUCCAAUCGAAGGACAUCCAGCUCGCUCGCCGUCUCCGUGGUGAGCGCAACUAAGCGGUUGCCGCACUUGUUCACUAGUGACCUUCAUGGGCAAUUGGGUUUAGGGCGUACAGUACCCUAUCACGAUACAGGGAUGGCAUGAUGACUCGGUUUUGCACGGGAAUGGGUAAUCAUUAAGGCGUUAUGAGUUGAUCGCGGUGCUUUUAUUCACACCGAACAUGAUUGUACAUCAGUUCUAGGCUGCCAUUUCGGGGCGCCAAUACACUGAACACAGGAAUAAGAACCCUUGUUCACAACGAUUGACCUCUUCCAUUGCCAUUGUGAUAUGGAUCACUGUGUACAAUACUUGCAGAAUUCACGAUCGCAUAACAGUAAACAUCGACAGUGAAUGACUCCAGUAGUGCUGCAUGAUUAAUGCCUAUUGCUUAUUAUGA